CCCGGAGCUCCCGGGGGUGACGGUGCCAUGGGGACCAGGGGUGCGCGGGCGGCUGUGUGGGGCGUCGCGCUGCUCUGCGCGCUUGGCCUGGGCCAGGGGGACCCGAGGUGCGGCCCCGGGCGCCUUCUGAGAGGGGCCGGGACGGACGCGCGCUGCUGCGACUCGUGCGCCUCCGCAGGGGCCUGUCCGGAGAGGGCCUGCACGUGUCUCGAGCCCGAGUUCCACUGUGGGGACCCCCAGUGCACGGCCUGCAAGCACCACCGCUGCCAGCCCGGCCAGCAGGUGGAGACCCACGGGGAGUACAACUUCGGCUUUGCAUGUGUCGACUGUGCCGAGGGGACCUUCUCCGGGGACAACGAGGGCCACUGCAAACCGUGGGCAGACUGCCCCCAGGCCGGCCUGCGCACCGUGUUCCCCGGGAACAAGACACACAACGCCGUGUGCGGCCUGCUGCUGCCGCCGCCCACCGGGCCGUCCUGCCCGCUCGCCGCCCUCGUCGUCCUGGGCGCCUGCCUUCUGGCCCUGGCCGUGGCCCAGCUCGGCCUGCACGUCUGGCAGCUGAGGAGGCAGCGAGCGCCCUCUGCAGAGGCCCAGCUGCUCCCGGAGGUGCCGCCGCCGCCUGAGGACACCAGCAGCUGCCAGUUUCCCGAGGAGGAGCGAGGGGAGCAGCUGUCGGAGGACAAGGCGGGCGACGAGGGCCCGCUGGGGAGCCCGUGGGUCUGA